UACCUUUUUCUAAAACAUUUAUUAAUGUUUUGGAAUACUUCCUGCUACGCUUAUAUCUGUACUCCCUAUUGUUGAACUCUAUCUGUUCUGCCGAAUGAUUUCAGGAAAUAGCUAAAGUAUGGCGGAAUCCGUUGAGCUCCCAACCCGCCUUGCAAUCCUUCCUUUCAGGAACAAAGUGUUGUUGCCUGGCGCUAUAAUUCGAAUUCGAUGCACUUCUCCUCGCAGUGUGAAACUUGUGGAGCAAGAGUUAUGGCAGAGAGAAGAGAAGGGAUUGAUAGGGGUUCUCCCUGUACAGGAUUCUGCAGAGACUUCUACUGUUAGACCUCCCUUAACUCCAGGUGUGGCAAUUGAUCAAGUGGAGCGCACACCGAAAAGUCAGGGUCUUAUGACAGAUGCUCACAAUCAUGAUGGGAAAAAUCAGCAUGAAGUUAUUCAGUGGCAUAAUCGAGGGGUUGCUGCUCGAGCUCUUCAUCUCUCAAGAGGAGUAGAAAAACCGAGUGGGAGAGUCACUUACAUAGUUGUGCUAGAAGGACUGUGCAGAUUCAGUGUACAAGAGCUAAGCACAAGAGGAACAUAUUAUACAGCAAGGAUUACUUCUCUCGAUAUGACCAAGACCGACAUGGAGAAAGUAGAGCAAGACCAGGAAUUCAUUGCACUCUCUCGCCAAUUUAAAACUACUGCAUUGGAGCUUAUUUCUGUCCUUGAGCAGAAACAAAAAACUGGAGGGAGGACCAAAGUUCUUCUGGAGACCGUUCCAGUACACAAGCUGGCAGAUAUAUUUGUUGCUAGCUUUGAGAUUAGUUUUGAAGAACAAUUAUCUAUGCUGGACUCAAUUGAUGUCAAAGUGAGGCUUUCCAAGGCAACCGAACUAGUCGACAGGCAUUUACAAUCAAUUCGUGUUGCGGAGAAGAUCACCCAAAAAGUUGAGGGGCAGUUGUCGAAGUCUCAAAAAGAGUUUCUGCUUCGUCAGCAGAUGAGGGCUAUAAAAGAGGAACUAGGUGAUAAUGAUGAUGAUGAUGAUGAUUUGACUUCCCUCGAAAGGAAGAUGCAAGAUGCAGGAAUGCCUGCAAAUAUCUGGAAACAUGUUCAUAGGGAACUAAGGAGACUAAAAAAAAUGCAGCCUCAGCAACCUGGAUAUAAUAGCUCGCGUGUGUACUUGGAGCUUCUUGCAGACCUUCCCUGGCAGAAGGCUAGUGAAGUGCAUCAUCUGGACCUGAGUGCUGCAAAAGAGCGUCUUGACAGUGACCACUAUGGUUUGUUCAAGGUUAAGCAGCGGAUAAUAGAGUACCUAGCAGUUCGCAAGCUCAAAGCAGAUGCAAGAGGUCCAAUAUUGUGUUUUGUUGGCCCACCCGGUGUUGGGAAGACGUCUUUAGCUACAACUAUUGCUGCUGCUUUGGGCAGGAAAUUUGUACGCAUAUCUCUUGGUGGUGUCAAAGAUGAGGCUGAUAUCAGAGGUCACAGGAGGACAUACAUUGGAAGCAUGCCAGGACGUCUAAUCGAUGGAUUAAAGAGAGUAGGGGUUUGUAAUCCAGUCAUGCUACUGGAUGAGAUAGACAAAACAGGGUCUGAUGUGAGGGGGGAUCCUGCUUCAGCACUUCUUGAGGUCCUUGAUCCUGAACAAAACAAAGCUUUCAACGAUCAUUAUCUGGGUGUACCAUUUGACCUCUCAAAAGUAAUAUUUGUGGCAACCGCAAAUAGGAAGCAACCUAUUCCUCCUCCACUCUUGGACAGAAUGGAAGUCAUUGAGUUGCCUGGGUAUACACCAGAAGAAAAGCUUAGAAUAGCGAUGCACCAUUUAAUCCCGAGAGUUCUUGAUCAGCAUGGCUUAAAUUCUGAUUUCCUUCAAAUUCCCGAGGGUAUGGUGAAACUUGUUAUCCAAUGGUACACUAGGGAAGCUGGUGUGCGUGAUCUGGAGAGGAACUUAGCAGCUUUAGCACGUGCAGCAGCUGUCAGGGUGGCAGAACAACAUACUUUGCCUCUUAACAAAGAUAACAUGCAAAGGCUUACUUCACCGCUCUUAGGUAGCAAACUUGCAGAGGGUGGUGAAGUCGAAAUGGAAGUCAUCCCAUUGGGUGUCAAUAAUCAUGACAUACCAAAUGCGUUUUGCAUUGCUUCGCCUUUAAUGGUUGAUGAGUCUAUGCUUGAGAAGGUGCUUGGACCCCCAAGAUACAAUGAUCAAGAGAUUGCAGAGCGUGUUGCCUCUCCUGGAAUAGCCAUUGGGUUAGUGUGGACAGCAUUUGGGGGAGAGGUACAGUUUGUUGAGGCUACACAUAUGGUGGGAAAAGGAGAUCUCCAUCUUACCGGCCAACUAGGGGGUGUUAUUAAAGAAUCUGCUCAGAUUGCACUUACAUGGGUAUGCUCUAGAGCAACAGAACUCAUGCUGUCAACCUGUGAAGAAAAAAGUGUACUGGAGGGCCAUGAUAUUCAUAUUCAUUUUCCUGCUGGGGCUGUACCUAAGGACGGACCAUCCGCUGGGGUAACUCUGGUUACCUCUCUUGUUUCAAUGUUCAGUCAAAGGAAAGUUAGAUCUGAUACAGCAAUGACAGGAGAGAUGACUCUGAGGGGACUAGUGUUACCUGUUGGUGGUAUCAAAGAUAAGGUUUUGGCGGCCCAUCGUUAUGGCAUCAAAAGAGUAAUUCUACCGGAGAAGAACUUGAAAGAUUUGGUUGAAGUCCCAACAACCGUGCUCUCCAGUCUGGAGAUAGUAGCCGCCAAGAGGAUGGAAGAUGUUCUGGAACAUGCCUUCGAAGGUGGUCUCCCUGGGAGGCAGCACUCAAGAUUAUAAUGACAAACGGACUUGUACAGUAAGUAACAACUGGUUUCGAGCCUGCUGCCGCAAAUCUUUUUAAUUAUGGGUUUGUAAAAAAGGUUCAUUGCUGAUUUCUCUCUAUAGGGAAGUUGCUUUAUUCCGUGACAUCCCACAAACACAUACCAGUGGCUCCCUUGAUCAAUGUUGAAAUAUUUACUCUUAUGCACCAACGUAUUAACUCUCAAACUCAGCUCAAUAGCUUGCGAAUCAAACCACAAUAGCUUUAUACCAUAUACUUAUGCUUCAACACACAAUUAACUUGUGCCGUUAGUGAUGUCGUAUAGCAGGCCAUUUGUGAAAAAAAUUAUAGAGCCGUUUUUUAAGACCCGUUUUUUUCUACAUUAUUUGUAGUAAUACUCUACAUUUUUAUAAUUCCUACAUAUUUUUAUGUUUUAAUUUUA